UUAGCACAGCGCGCCCGCCGCCCUCAGAGGCGGCCAGCGCCGUUGUUCGGGCGCGGAUGGACCGAGAAAGGGGUUUUUUUUUAAUGCAGGAUGUUACAGUCGCUGCGGCCCUGCCCUGAAGCCCCCGGGAGACCGACAGAAGCCGUCCCGCGUUGCGCAUGCGCAGCCGUGAGGUCGCGGCGCACGGCGAGGAGGAGGGUGGUGGUGUGAGAGCUGCCGCCGUAAAGCGCGGAGGAUGUCAGGGGUGCCGGGUCCCGCCGAGCCGCCGGUGUUCGAGAAGCGGCUACUGGUGACGGGCGGCGCUGGCUUCAUUGCUUCACAUGUAGUCGUCUCUCUUGUGAAAAGCUAUCCAAACUAUCUGAUUAUAAAUCUAGAUAAGCUCGACUACUGUGCAAGCUUGAAGAAUCUUGAAACGGUCUCUGAGAAGGAAAACUACAAGUUUAUCCAGGGGGAUAUUUGUGAACCUGAUUUUAUAAAACAGCUCUUCAAAACUGAGAAAAUAGAUAUAGUCCUUCAUUUUGCAGCCCAAACACAUGUAGAUCUUUCAUUUUGGCAUGCCCUGGAAUUCACGUACGUGAAUGUUUAUGGCACUAAUGUGCUGGUUGCAGCUGCACAUGAAGCCAAUGUGGAGAAGUUUGUCUAUGUUAGUACAGAUGAAGUAUACGGAGGUAGCACUGAUGAGGAAUUUGAUGAAUCCUCACCAAAACGUCCAACAAAUCCCUAUGCCUCCUCUAAAGCAGCUGCAGAGUGUUUUGUCCAGUCUUACUGGGAAAGGUAUCAAUUCCCAGUUGUUAUCACACGGAGCAGUAAUGUCUAUGGACCGCACCAGUAUCCAGAAAAAGUUAUUCCAAAGUUUAUAUCUUUGCUGCAACAGAACAGAAAAUGCUGUAUUCAUGGUUCUGGACUUCAAAAAAGGAAUUUCCUUUAUGCGGCUGAUGUAGUAGAAGCAUUCCUUACUGUCCUGAAGGAGGGGAAGCCAGGUGAAAUUUAUAACAUUGGAACUAACUUUGAGAUGUCCAUAGCCCAGCUUGCAAAGGAGUUAAUCCAUUUAAUAAAGAAGACCAGUUCGGAAUCUGAAAUGGAGCACUGGAUGGAUUACGUCAAAGACAGACCUACCAAUGACCUGAGAUACCCAAUGAAUUCAGAAAAAAUGCAUAACCUGGGAUGGAGACCUAAAGUGCCGUGGAAAGAAGGAAUAAAGAAAACAAUUGAAUGGUACAAGGAAAACUUUCACAACUGGAAGAACUCAGAGAAAGCUUUGGAGCCCUUUCCUGUGAGAGAGCCAUUUGCACAGCUCAGUGGUCCGUAGGGUGGUGGAGGACCUGAAGGAGUUUUUUUCUACCUCAGACAGUCUUUUCUUUGAAGCCUGCAAUCAAGUGGCCAUGCUGACUCUUAAUGUAUUCAAGAUACGUGAACCAUGAGGAGUACAGAACUACAGUACGGCACAACUUUGGAAGGGUUUCAGCACUUUAUACAUUGAACCUGUUUAUUUCAGCUUUUGGUGCAAUACUAUAUUCUCACUGAGUAUUGGUUUUAAAGAACUGUUACAGGGUGAAGAAUAUUUAUAAUGCUAUACAUUAGUGUACCUGAUGUCAGAUAUGCCUUAUUAAUUGAGAAUAAUUAAUUGCAA